AUGAGUGAUGACAAAGUCGAAGUUCAAGUUAGUGUUAUUUCUUCAUUAUCAGAUUACGAAGAAUCCGAAAAUUCUGAAUCAGAAUCACCCCCAACUGAAGUCAGAGAAAGUUCUGAAUCCAGCUCUAAGCCAGAGAAUAAGACACCGAGUUGGUUCAACAAAUUAAAAGCUCCAAGGCCUUUGGAUAUGGCCAGAAAAAGUAAGAUCCAUGCUAACCCUCCACCGGUAGGAAAGAAGCGAUCGCAAACUACCAGUACCGGCAAACGCAACUAUGAUCCGAAAAAAGUGUCACCAUCUGAAAGAGUCCGCGAAUUUCCCGGGGAACAUUUGACUGUUUCUAGUGGCAAACUUUUUUGCAAAGCUUGCCAAGAGUCACUUGUUUUAAAAAAGAGUGUACUAGUAAGUCAUGUGAAGAGUACAAAGCACGAAUGUAGCAAACAAAAGCUUCUACAAAACCAAUCAAGCGAACGGGAUAUAGCUGAUGCCCUUGCGAAACACGAUGGACAAACUCAUCGUAAGGGUGAAACUUUGGACGAAGAAAGCAAGGUAUAUAGAGUUAAAGUGUUAAUGGCUUUUAUGAAAGCUGGAAUUCCGUUGGAAAAGUUGGAGUGUCAAGAACUGAGAGAUCUUUUGCAAGAGAAUGGUUACCGACUAACAGACGCCAGGCACAUGAGAGACUUAGUUCCUUUUAUUCACCAACAAGAACAGGACAAUUUGAAAACAGAGUUGAAAGGGAGAGACUUGUCAAUUACAUUCAAUGGUACUUCACGACUUGGUGAAGUUCUUGCAGUAGUUGUACGGUUUGUUUAUAACUGGACCAUUCAAGAACGGCUUGUUCGUCUGAAGUUCCUUACAAAAAACAUGAAUGGUGAGGAACUUGCCAGAGAACUUAUCACUGUUUUGUCUAUCAAACUAAGUUUGGAAUCUCACCAGUUGUUAGCAGUGAUGCGAGACAGAGCUAGUGUGAAUGGUGCUGCAUUAAACAUUGUCAAAAUUAUGUAUCCUAACCUGCUUGAUGUUGGUUGCCUUAGUCACAUGCUUAACCUUGUUGGAGAAAGAUUCAAAACUCCUACUUUGAGCCUUUUCAUUGCUCACUGGAUUGCUUUGUUUAGUCACAGUUAUAAAGUCAAAGCAUUAUGGAAAGAAGCAACAGGACGAGCUAUGGCAUCAUAUUCUAAAACUUGUUGGUGGAGUAGAUGGGAGCUAAUGAAUCAGGUAAAGGUCCAGUUUGCUUUUAUUGAGCCUUUCCUUCAAAAUAAUGAAGAUAUUGGCCCAGCUACACGAGCAAAACUGCUGGAAAUCCUAAGCCACCCCCCAUCAAUGAAGGUAGAGUUAGCUGCUGUGAUUGACUUAGGUGAACAUUUUGUGAAAGGAACUAACAGCUUAGAAGGAGAUGGGUACCUUGUGCUAAGUUGUUAUGAGGAAAUUCUGAAAAUCCGAAAUGCUAUUCGCAUUGAACAUUAUCCAAAUCUACAAGCCAUUGUAAGACAGGCGUUUCCUGACAACAAUGACCUACAAAAACAAUGGGUUGCAUACUCUAUUGGGUGUCUACAAGCUGGGCUGGAUUAUUUUCAGAAUAAACUUGGAAAUGAUUCUCAGCUUCCAGUGGCAGCCUUUAAGGCAGCCAGACUGUUCUCACCUUUUAAAGUCAAUGAAAUCCAACCUACUGCAAAAGAUGUUGAUGACCUUAUGGCUUUUCCUUUUCUGGUUGAUGAAAUUGAUCAUUUGAAAGCUGAAUUACCUGCCUACCUGGCACUUGCAGCUGAUGUCAAUGCUGAUGUCAAUAUUUUGGAGUGGUGGAAAAAUCAUAGCAGUCCUGGAAGUGAUUCUUGUCUUCCACUUUGGUCAUCUGCCGUACAGAAGGUGCUAUUAGUGCAACCUUCAUCUGCCACAGCUGAGCGUGUAUUUUCAAUGUUGAAUCAGUCAUUUGGUGAACAGCAGCAAAACGCAUUAGAAGACUUAGUGGAAACUACCAUUAUGUUACAGUGUAACAAGCGUUAA